AUGAUGCAAAGUUGGUUUGUUGAUGAUAAUUUAGAAUCCUUGUUUAACCUAAAAUUCAUUGCCAAAUCGUUAGAACGUAAUGCUGUCAAAUGCGAAAAAGAAGAAAGAAAUGAACGAGCUAAGCUAAAAAAGUCUUUGAUGAAAGGAGAACUCGAAUUUGCCAAAAUAUACGGAGAAAAUUGUAUACGGCAAAAACAACAGGCUCUCAGCUGUCGACGAAUGAGUGCUCGUGUCGAUUCUGUUGCAGCCCGAGUAAAUUCCGCGAUAAUGACAGGCCAAUUAACACGGAAUGUUAGCAAAGUUACACAGUCAAUGCAGUCUGCAUUAUCUAAAAUGGACUUGGAAAAAGUAAGACUAAAGAGAAAUCUGACUUUUUUAAAUGGAGUGGGGAUAAUCAUGGGAUAUAUGAUUGGAAGUGGCAUAUUCAUAUCAGCCUCGACCGUGGACUGUGGUUCGACGGGGCUUAGUUUGGUGGUAUGGGCACUGACAGGGUUCAUUUCCUUAGCAGGAGGGUUGUCCUAUGGAGAAUUGGGAUCUGCCAUAACAAAAUCUGGGGGGGAAUACGCGUACUUACAAAAAGCCUACGGAAACUUUUUUGCAUUCCUAUAUUCAUGGACACUGCUUGUAAUAGUAAUGCCAGCCAGUACGUCAGUGAAGGCUUUGGCAUUCGGAUACUACACUCUCAAGUCUAUCUAUCCUGCAUGUGAUCCUCCUAUAUAUCUAAUACUACUUGUGUCUGAUCUUUCCAUAAGUAUUUGUUUUAAUUCAUCAAUGAUAGUUCUUCUCGCUGGAAUCAACUGUCUGAGUGUUAAAUUCUCUUCAAUAAUUCAAAAUAUAUUCACAGGUGCAAAAGCCAUUUCUCUGAUUAUUAUAAUUGGAGCAGGACUUAACGAAAUAAGAAAAGGUAGAAAUAUAAUUAUCAGACUAGAUCCCACCAUUAUUUAUAAUAUCAACAUGAAUGGCACUUCAAAUCAAGCUGGACCUAUAGCACUCUCUCUUUACGCAGGAAUAUUUACAUAUUCCGGAUGGUUGGGAAUUGCUCUGACUUCCUUUAUCAUCGUCUCAGCUAAUGAUAUUGAUUCGAUCGUUAAUUUUACUACUUUUGCUGAAACUCUGUUCCAGGCGUUGACAAUUUCCACUAUUUUUUACAUGAGAAAGUACGACAAGGAAUACAAGCCAGCAUUUAAAGUAACGGUAACCCAUCAUCCACAGGUCAAUAUAUUUUUUCCAAUUUUCUUUAUAAUGGUCUCAAUCUAUCUCCUUUCAAUCACACUCUAUACCAAACCAAAGUGGUGUGGAGGAGCCUUCCUCAUCAUUCUGGCUGGAACCCCAGUUUACUUUAUUACUGUAAAAGGAAUUUCAAAAAAUUCAAAAUAUAAGGAACUUUCAAGUAAAUUCAUUUUCUAUUGCCACAGAACGCUUUUCGAUCUUUUUACAAACUAUCCUUGUUUCCGACUUUGCAAAAGAAGAAGAUUUGUACCUUACCGAAGAGGCCACUCUUACUGAGUUACUUUAACUAAUCAUACUUGUUUAAAUAAUUUUGGUGCUA